ACUAUCCCAAUUCCCUAGCGAAUAUUUAUUUUCGUCCCUUCAUCGAUUGCUACGUUUCCAAGUAAAUGACUGAUUGUCGUUUACCUUAGAUACGCAAAGGUACUCUUAUAAGGAGAUUAACUAAGUAGCUAAUUAUUGCAAUAGAAGAUAGCAAAGAUUUAUUUAUCAUCAUAAAGAUUGAUAUAUAUUAUGCCGUCCCAACAUGAUGCAAAUGAAAAGAUUUGCGACGAAAAUGAGGCGCCAAGAUAUCAAAACACUUACCGCAUGGAAUCGCGGAAUCCGUUCAAGGCCGAUUCGGUGGACAAGAUCGUAAGAUCAGUGCUGAAUAAUCGUCUAGACGAGCUCUCUUAUGACGACACAACAGUCGCAAAAUUGUGCGGCGACGUAGCCUCGGAGAUACGUCGACGCGUGAAAAAACUUAAUUUCGACAGACACAAGAUCAUCGUCACGGUCACGAUAAUCGAAAAGGCUAGUCAGUCUGUAGAAACAGCGGUAGGUUUUCUGUGGGACAGCGAAAAGGACAAUUAUUCUCCCUUCUUUCUCGAAGGUCGAACUUUCUACGCUCAGUGCUGCGUAUUCGGUGUUUAUUAUGAGUAAUUAUU